AUGUAUUUUUUCCUAAGUAAUCUGUCCUUCCUGGAUAUCUGCUACACUUCAUCUAGUGUGCCUCAGAUUCUCAUCAACUGCUUGGUCAAGAUUCCAUCUAUCUCUUUGGGCCAGUGUCUGGCACAGAUGUGUGCUGGCCUCUAUUUGGGGGUUGCAGAAUGUCUGCUGCUGGCCGUAAUGGCCUAUGAUCGUUGCAUUGCCAUUGGUGACCCACUACGCUAUUCAGUUAGGAUGAGUUUCCAGCUCUGCAUCAAGCUAGCAGUAGCAUCCUGGGUUACAGCCUUUCUGCUGACUGUGGUUCCAACCCUUACAAUGCCACUGGAGUUCUGUGGCCACCACAUGAUCAAUCACUUUUCUUGUGAACUCUUAGCCAUCCUCAAGCGUGCAUGCAAUGAUCUGAAGUUCUAUGAGUGGUUGAUGAUGGCCACCAGUUCUCUGACUCUUCUUGCACCCUUUACCUUCAUCCUUUCCUCCUAUGGGCGCAUCCUUGGAGCUGUCCUGAAGAUGCACUCAGCAGAGGGUCGAAAGAAGGCUUUCUCCACCUGCAGUUCCCAUAUAACUGUGGUAGUUAUCUUCUAUGGUACAGCCAUUUCAGCAUACAUGAUUCCCCAGGGCAAAGCAAGCCAGGAUCAGGACAAGAUCAUCUCUAUGCUGUAUGGUAUCCUUCCACCCAUGCUCAACCCUCUCAUCUACAGCCUUCGAAAUAAGGAUGUGAAAGAGGCAUUAAAGAAACUAAUGGGGGAGAAGAAUGUUUCCUAA